AUGGUGGGCUUCGCCGUCGGUACGGCUACGACCAAGCAGGACCUCGCCGUCGCGCAGGCUGAGGCUCCUCAGCUCGCAAAGGUCAAGUGGUGGGCUGACCCUGGAAUGCGCGUGCUGUACUUUUACGCCGCGAUUCUGUGUGUCUGCUCUGCCACGACUGGUUACGAUGGAUCCAUGUUGAACACGUCGCAGGCCAUGGACGACUGGCAGGAUUACUUUAACCAUCCUACGGGCUCCAAGCUUGGCAUUCUCAACUCCAUCUACCAGAUUGGUAGCAUUGCCAGUUUCCCCUUCGCUCCAUUUAUGGCUGAUCACUUUGGCCGAAAGAUCCCCAUCGCAACGGGAUGUCUUAUCAUGAUUCUCGGCGCUUUCAUCUCAGCCUUCACCGAUGGCUUCGGCAUGUACCUUGGUGGUCGAUUCCUCGUCGGUUUCGGAAACUCUCUUGCACAGCUCUCUUGCCCCGUUCUCCUCACCGAGAUCUGCCAUCCUCAGCACCGUGCCAUCGUCUCCGCCAUCUACAACUGCUUGUGGAACUUGGGUGCCACUCUCUGUGCUUUCAUCGGUCUUGGUACGAUCAACAUCAACAGCAACUGGUCAUGGCGAUCCAUCACCCUCAUCCAAGCCGUGCCAUCUUUGAUCCAGAUUUCCUUCAUCUGGUGGAUCCCCGAGUCUCCCCGUUGGCUCAUGGCUCACGAGCGUCAUGAGGAAGCCCUUAACAUCCUUGCCAAGUAUCACGCCAACGGCGACGCCAACAACGCCACUGUGCAGUUUGAGUACACUGAGAUUAAGGACACAAUCGCCCUCGAGUACCAAGCUCAGAAGAAUGGCAGCUACCUUGACUUCCUUCGAACCCGUGGUAACCGUUACCGUCUCAUGCUCUUGAUCUCCCUUGGUAUUAUCUCGCAGUACUCCGGAAAUGCUCUCAUCAGCAACUAUUCCAACAUUAUCUAUGAGGGCGCUGGUAUCAAGGACCAGGCCCAGAAGACUGGAUUGAACGCUGGAGAGAAUAUGCUCAAGCUUUUCGUCGCUAUUGGCUGCUCCAUGGGAAUUGAUAAAUUCGGACGUCGUCCUCUCUUCCUCACUGCCACUGUCGGUAUGCUGUUGUUCUUCUUGGCCUGGACCAUUGUUGCCGCCCGCUUCGAGGCCGGUGGCGAGGUCGAGAUCAAGCGCCUUGGAUACCCCCAGAUCGCCCUCAUCUGGCUCUUCGACGUCUGCUACUCCAUCGCCUGGUCUGGUCUUAUCGUCGCCUACGCCCUGGAGAUCUGCCCCUUCAGACUCCGUGCCCGUGGUCUCACCAUCAUGAACUUCUUCAUCCAGGUUGCCCUCACCAUUGGCAACCAGACCAACCCCAUCGCCCUCGAGAACCUUCCCAACAAAUGGAACUUCUGGUGCUUCUACACUGUUUGGAUCGCUGUCGAGCUCGCCUUCGUCUUCUUCUUCUACGUCGAGACUAAGGGGCCUACUCUGGAGGAGAUUGCUAGAAUCUUCGACGGUGAUGACGCUAAUGUCGCACAAGUCGACCUCAAGGACACUGAGAAGCAGGCUGUCCUUGAGACCACGGAGCAGGUGCAUCAUGAUGAGCGCAGGGACUUGUAA